AUGGCGAGGUUUCUCAGGUGGAACCAGUUGGAUCUGGCCAUCGUGUUGCUGUCAGUGAUGGGCAUCACUCUGGAGGAGAUUGACUACAGCGCUUCUCUCCCUAUCAACCCUACCAUCAUACGCAUCAUGAGGGUGUUGAGGAUCGCACGAGUUCUGAAGCUGCUGAAGAUGGCUAAAGGAAUGAGAUCACCACUAAAGCCAGUUGUUUUAUCUCUUCCAGGGGUGGGGAACCUGGGUCUGCUCUUCAUGCUCCUGUUCUUCAUCUAUGCAGCACUGGGGGUUGAGCUGUUUGGAGAACUGGUGUGUAACGAGGACUACCCAUGUAAGGGGAUGAGCCGCCAUGCUACCUUUGAGAACUUUGGCAUGGCCUUCCUCACUCUGUUCCAGGUCUCCACUGGGGACAACUGGAAUGGGAUCAUGAAGGUAUGGAUGGACUUCUUCAUGGUGUUCUAUGGAGUGUUUAUUACGAUCAAUUAG